CGGGGAGGAGGAGGAGGGCGGCGCUCUGGGAGGAGGCUACGCGCGGAGGAGGGCUCGCCUGGACUCGGAGCUCACACGCACGGCGCCGCGGAGCUCUCACGGCCGCUGUGUCUUCAGCUCCGGCGGGGGAGGAACGGUCUCAUGUAGCGCUCGCAUCACCCCCAGCCCACAGCCGACCCCCAGCCCGCUCGGACGUCUCCAGCCCAGAGGAGCGGCUCGUCGGACGCGGGGAUGCCGAUGGUCUCCGGCGCCACACGGACACAAACACACGGGACUCGCACCACAGUGACACCACCGUAGAUCACCGUAGCACCGCUGCACCGCUGCACCGACACCCUGACAUUAUUCCACGCUUUUAACCUCGCAGACAUCUCCCAAAAUGGACGCCGAUAGCCAGAGCCGGGCGCAGGCGGGGGACUCGAGUGGAGCAUCUGACCCUGUGAAAGAACCAGACCCGAGACCAGAGCAGAGUACAGAACCGAGUCUAGAACAGACCUUGGUCCCCUCCAGACCCAAGAGACCCCAGAGGAGCGCCCGGGUGGAGGGAUCCGUGGACAUAUCGGAGCCCAAAGAGCCUCCUCCGGCAGAAGAGAGCGUCCCCGACGGUUCUCCGAGCUGCCCCAAACCCCCCCGCCCUGCACCUGCCAGCCCGUCACCCGCCAGGUCCUCAGGGGAGCACCCUCCACUGUCGGGCAUCAGGCCGGGUCCCAAAGGUCCCGGGCACCACCACCAGCCGGUGCGGGCCGCCUCCGUGCCCGACCCCCCCAUGGGCAGGCACAUCCCACCUCACCUGAACCCCCACGCGCACAGGGCUCUGUCUGUGGCCGGCACCGCAGACACUCAGGCGCUCGCCGUGGAAGACUUCAGGAUCCAUAUCAUCACGUGGAAUGUUGGCUCCGCCCAGCCCCCGGAUGACAUCACCGCCUUGUUGGGUCUGAACGUUGGGGACGGGAACACGGACAUGUACAUCAUUGGCCUGCAGGAGGUGAACUCCAUGAUAAACAAGCGUCUGAAGGACGUGCUGUUCACUGACCAGUGGAGUGAGGUGUGCAUGGAGCGACUCAGCCCCUUCGGCUACGUGCUGGUGACGUCCCAGAGGAUGCAGGGUGUGUUGCUGCUCGUCUUUGCCAAGUACUUCCAUCUGCCCUUCCUGCGCGGAGUCCAGACGGAGACCACCCGCACCGGCCUCGGGGGCUACUGGGGAAACAAAGGUGGAGUGAGCGCUCGUAUGUCAGUGUUUGGUCACACUCUGUGCUUCCUGAACUGUCACCUGCCCGCGCACAUGGAGAACUCGGAGCAGCGCAUGGACGACUUCGAGAGCAUCCUCCAGCAGCAGCAGUUUGAGGGCCAGGCCGCCACAGGAGUGCUGGACCACGAUGUGGUGUUCUGGUUUGGGGACCUGAACUUUCGCAUUGAUGACCUGGACAUGCAGGUGGUGAAAUCAGCCAUAGACAACAACAAAUAUUCGACUCUGUGGGAGAAGGAUCAGCUGAACAUGGCCAAAGACAGUGAGACAGUACUGGAGGGCUUCCAGGAGGGGCCGCUCAAGUUUCCCCCGACGUACAAGUUUGAUGUGGGCACAGACACGUACGACACCAGUGGGAAAAAGCGCAAACCGGCCUGGACUGACCGCAUCCUGUGGCGUCUGAGGGCCACGGCUCCGGUCGGCACGGGGGGCAAACGUAGCUCCAUAUCCGGGCUCACCAGCGGCACCCGUGUCACCCAACACUACUACAAGAGCCACAUGGAGUACACCGUCAGUGACCACAAGCCCGUGUCGGCCAUCUUCACUCUGCAGUUUCCGUAUAGAGUGGACGUGCCUCUGGUCACUCUGAUCGUGGAGGACGAGUGGAACUGUGUCGCUGAUGCCACAGCCAAGUUCAGACUGACCCCCAACUACUCCCGCAGCUCCUGGGACUGGAUCGGCCUCUACAAGGUGGGCUUCAAACACCACAAAGACUAUGUGGGCUACGUGUGGGCCAAACAAGAAGAGAACGACUUCCACCGACAGGAGCACCAGGUGUCGUUCACUGAGGAGGAGCUGCCGAAAGGCUCAGGGGACUUCAUCCUGGGUUACUAUAGCAACAACAUGAACUCCAUCGUAGGGGUAACAGAGCCCUUCCAGAUCCAGCUGCCCUCGGAGGAGCCCCACAGCAGCUCCUCUGACAGCUCUGACUUCAGCUCGGAGGACGACAGCACCGUGGUCCACAUGAAGACUCGGUCCAGGAGCUCCAGCCCGCCCCACCGGACCCCCCGAGCCCACCGGCCCCGCAGCCCGAUGCCCCAGCCCAGCCCUGACCCUAACCCCGCACCUGACACUGCCCCUGACAGCGCACCUGACACUAGCACUGACUCCUGUCCACGUCCCCAGCAGCCAGCAGAGGGCGCCAGCGCACAGGAGGAGGUGAAGGGGACAGGGGAGUGACCGGUGCACAUGUCCAAAUGUCCUGUCUCUCAUACACUGCAAAAAGGAAGAGCCACAGCAGUUAGCAUGACUUGAAUCAAGUUUUUGAAUCUUGUUUUGAAUAGUUUUGACUUAGAUUUAUCUAGUUAAGCUUGAUUUUUGGACUGAUUUUAAUGUUUAUUUAUGACCAUUUCAAUCUAAGCCACUGUAUACCUGCUGUAAGAAAACUGUACUCACACUGUCCACUAAAUAAGCCACAAAUUUAGUUUGACGGACAGAUCAUUUUACUUGAAUAAAAUAGUAUUGGGGUUUCAGCUUCAUUCCCCUUCAAAAAAUAUAA